CACACAACGAUGCUGCCAGAUGAGAUCAUAGCGCAACUGACUGGUGAAUUUGUAUGUCGCGAGCAGCAGAUCCAGCAUCUGGCGGCUUUGUACACAGCGCAUCUCCCCUCACCACCCUUCGCCAAUGUCCACGGCCUGACAGCAACCGGCAAAUCAUCGGUCCUGCGCGCAUACUUCCACCUCGCUCAACUGCCGUAUGCCUUGAUCAACGUGCGCGAAUGCAUAACCACACGGCACCUUCUCGAGCGCAUUGUCGCAGCGUCCCUCGACGCACUGGAAGAGGCACACGAUGAGCAGAUCGAUCGAAGACCGUAUGCACGGACAGAGAACCUAAGCGCGUUAUGCGUCAAUCUGCAAAAGAUGCUGGAGGGGCGAGGGAAGUUUGUGUUGGUACUAGACGCCAUCGACAAGCUGAGGGAAGGCGGCGGUACGCUCGUUGCAGCACUGGGCAGAUUGGGUGAAGCGAUACCAAACCUCGCCCUCGUCCUCACAACCACCCUGUCCAUCGCGCCCUCCCUCCGCCACUCCUCCUCCAUCCCCUACAUUGCCUUCCCGCCAUACACACGCCCACAACUCCUCGCCAUUCUCUCUAAGACGCCCCCAAAAGUAUUUCUCACAGCCCCAUCUGCCGAGACAUUCCCAGACUACACGCCCGACCUCGCCGCCGAAGACGACGUCUGGCUGUGGUCCCGCUUCCUCGGCGCUGUGUACGAUAGCUUGAGCAAACACACUGGUCGCGAUCUAGUUAGUUUCCACUCGACUGCAUUAAGGCUGUGGAGUAAGUUCGUGGAGCCUGUCGUGAAAGGUGAGUUCGGGACACGAGACUUCUCGCGCCUGAUGGUGAACCGGCGGCACUUAUUCCAAGGCGAAGAAGCAGUGCUAGACCGCAUCAUCAAAUCCGGCCAAACUUCAAACGCGAAUGCGGAGAGUGGCGCGGCGAAGAGGACGGUCCCGGGUAUCGUCCAAUCGUUGCCGUUCUACACCACACACCUCCUCAUCGCAGCAUACCUUGCAAGUUACAACCCGGCGCGGACUGACGUGACGUAUUUCAUGAAACACACGGAUAAGCGCAAGAACAAGCGUCGCGCACCGUCGGCCGCGAGUCUGUCAACCACAAGCAAAGGCGGGGUCAAACAUCGCCGUAUUUCGCGGCAUCUGCUCACGCCCAGUCCGUUCAGUCUGGAUAGACUGUUCGCCAUCUUCAAAGCGCUAUUGGUCGAUGGGGUCCCGCAGAGUGCGGACUUGUACACGAGUGUAGCCACGCUGACGAGUUUGAAAUUGCUUGUCAGGACGGGUCUAGGCGGGGCGAGUGAUGCGCUGGAGCCGGGAGGGAGGUGGAGAGUCGGGUUUGGGUGGGAGUUUGUGAGAGGGUUGGGGAGGAGUGUGGGGGUGGAGGUGGGAGAGUAUUUGGUGGGUGGAGUGGAUUGAAAGCACUUGCAAUAUCUGGAGUAUUCCGCAAAGUUCGCAGUCCGCAGACUGUGGUGAACUUAUUAAUAGAAAACCGCUACCACGAGAACGAAGCUAUAUCCUUCCCCCACGU